AUGAGUGCCAGCAGCGAGUUGCCCCCGGAGGAGUCCGCGCUCUUGCGCGCCUCGCGAGGGCUCGGCGUUGCCUUUUGGGCCGUGGCCAUCGCCAAUGGUCUCUACAUGAUCUUCACGCUGCGCUCACAGAGCUUCUGGCCGGGUCUACACAACCUCUGUGCCGGUCUCCUCCUAGUUCUGGUGGCUUCUGCGUCGGGUAUGUGGGAGGUGAAAGCCAUGCGAUCUCGGUUGGAUGAGAGUGAAGGUUGGUAUGUGAAGGUUGGCCGCGAGUUCUUCCUGGCUGGCAUGUACUUUGUCGUUGCCGGCUUUCUUAGCUCAUCCUCCACCGUUGCGGAGCCUGAGGCAGAUCUGAGUGUUGGUUUGUGUUGGCCCUUUGUCGGUUGGAUCUGCGUGGCCAUGGUUUCGACAAAGCGCGGGUCCUUUGGCGCCACGGUGGCCGUUGGCCUGGCCGUGGUGGCCGCCUGGAGUUGCCUGUGGAGACACGCAGAUGAGGACUUUGUGACGGGCGUGUCAGUGCAGCCCCGUGAGUCGGUGGUGGCCCGCUGUGCUGUCGACAAGGCGAUGAAGGAUCGCCUUGCAUCCGUAGCCAAGACCGCGAAGCUAACGGAUGCCAUGCGAGUGGUCGCCGCGGCCAAGGUCCGCAAUGCCCAGAACGGUGUGGAGAAGCAGCGGCCGUUCACCGACGAGCUCCUGAGCAUGAUCAAGGGCCUGGUCAAGCGGCUGAAGGGCAGCGGCUUUGAGGCGGAGCUGCCCAUGCUGCGCGUGCCAGAGAAGGUCACCAACGUGGGCAUCCUGAUGAUCACCGCCAACCGAGGUCUCUUCGUCAUCAAGAAGGUCAAGGCUCGUAUUGAGGACCUCAACAAGCAGGGCAUCGUUCCCAAGCUGUUCGUCGUUGGCAAGAAGGGCCUGGCUGCCCUGAGCACUCGUUUGGCUCCAGGCAAGGACAUUGAGUACAACUACACCCAGGAGUGGUUUACCAUGCCUGACACCAUCCGGGCCAAGGACUCCGCUGAGAUUGCCGAGGUGUUGCAGAACUACUUCCUGUCAGGAGAGGUGGACAAGAUUGAGAUUGCAUACGGCAGGUUCAUCAAUCUGCUGAACAACGAGCCAACCAUCCGAACCCUCCUGCCCCUCUCGCCUACAGGAAUCGAGGAUCCGGAGGAUGAGACCUUCAAGAUGACGACCGAGGAUGGCAAGCUGAAGGUGACCAAGGAGAAGGUGAAGUCUCCUAAGGCCAAGGAGAUCGAGGCCGACGUGAUCUUCGAUCAGCCUCCAGAGGUUAUUCUGAAUUCCAUGCUGCCCCUCUACUUGAACUCUCAGAUCCUGUCCUUGAUGUUCGAUUCGCAGGCUUCGGAGCUUUCGUCACGGAUGUCUGCCAUGAAGGCCGCUACGGACAACGCCAACGAUCUGCAGAAGAAGCUCAUCCUCAUCUACAACAAGAAGCGCCAGGCUGCCAUCACCGCCGAGUUGUGUGAGGUCACGGCCGCAGCUGUGGCGCUUGAGGGCUCCGACAAGAAGGCCGGCCCGGAUCUCGGUGCCAUCGACAACGAUGAGUCCAUCAGCGAGGACUUCAUGAAGGACUUCAUGAAGGAACUGGAGGAUGGCUCCCUACCGGACGUGCCCGCGAAGCCCGAGGAGAUCCUGCUGACCGAUCGAUGGGAGUUCCAGAGGUCCCUGCCCAAGGACGAGGGCGCCAAGGAGGGCUUCUGA